AUGCCUCGCUGCAAGAUCGCGAUGAAGCUCAUCGAAGGCGCGCGGGCGCGCGCCGCGACGUACGCGAGGAGGGCCAAGGGGAUCAAGAAGAAGGCCGGCGAGCUCGCCACGUUGUGCGGCGUGCAGGUCGCGCUCGUCUGCACCGCGGGUGUUGCCGGCGUCGUGCCGCUUCAGUGGGAGUCGGAGGAGGGCGUUCUGGACAAGUACCGAGCCGUGCCACCGGAGAUCCGCGCGCAGCACACGCUACGGAUUCACCUCGAGGCGGAGUUGUGCAAGGAAAGGGCCAAGCUCGCCAGGGUCCAGCAGCAGGGCCCCGGUUCGCUCGCGGACGUGGGCGUGGCUCUCGGCGACAUGACGCCGGCAGAGGCGGGGGAGCUGCUCGAGAUGAUCAACGCGACGUUGCGUGGCACGAGGAAGAGGCUAGAGGCACUGGGUUUGCCAGCAGACGGCCUGCUCGAGCAGACUGCGGCGGACGCCGUCAUGGCGCCGCAGCUCGGUCAUGAUGGCUUCCCCUGCAUCGGGGGCAACGCCGGGGACAUGGACGCCGGCUUCCAGCUGCACAUGGUGCCGUGCCCUGGGAAAAACAACAACCUCGGCCGGCGGCCGGAGGAAUUCUUGUGGGACAACAAUAGCUACCAAAUGCACAAUGCAGAGACGACGCAACCGCCGUUUGGCUUCCAACACAUCGGUGGAAACUACUUGGGCGGUGUGGACAGCUAUGGCCAGAUGCAGGCGCCUGGCUACGGCAAUGCUCAUUACGUCUGCCCCGAACUGACCAUGUGCCACGACCAGCCGUGCAAUGGAGUCUUGCCGGUCGGGUACUACUACCAAAGCCCGCCCCUAGGCAUGGGCAUGGGCGGCCACUUCAUCAACGCCACUCCGGCGCCUGAGCAAUCUGCUAUUGUCUCCGGCACCGGCGGAGAGUACGGCAUGGGCAUGGGCGGCAACUUCACGAGUGUAGAAAGCUACCCUGGGUAUUGGUGGUCUGGUCAGGAUUUCCAGCGCGGCAAUGCCGACACCAGCAACAGCAGCCAGGCAGCUCCAUCGCCUCAGUUUCCGGCUCCGGGGACACGCAGUUCCAGCAAAGUCUUUCGUCAUCCUUAG